UCGUUGUACCAGCGAGCUCGUCUAUCUGUCAAACUGGUGUUUCAUCUAUUUUGUUGUCGCGAGUCAAUAUCCGUCGUACUCAGAAGAGUCGAAAAAACAGGUUGAAACGCGUUUUAUCGUUGAAUUAAAUGUAACGGAGGUGCAGGAGGUCAUCGUCUUCAGUGUAAUGCUAUUUUAACGGGCGAGAUCGCCUCUUCGAUUGUGCAGUGGACGGAGCGAAAUGUUUUCGAGCCUCACGAACCAAGUGUCCGGCUGGAUGGGGAAGAAGUCCGAGGGCGCGGACACCCCGAAAGAGGAGGCCGCCCCGCAGGACGAGGCACCAGCCCAGGCCCCAACGGAUGAAGAACCAGCCCCAGAGGCGAAAAAAGACCCAAGCCCCACGAAAGGCGGAAGUAGGCUGGAAAUGCUCGGCAACCUCGGAGGACUUGGUAACGUGAAGACGCAGAUGUCCAGUUGGCUCGGUGGUGGCAUCCCCGGCCUAGGCAAGAAGUCGGUGGAUCCUGCGACAGCGGAGGCCGGUGCGGAAGGAUCUCCGCCACAGCUGCCCGCCAGCCCAACGUCCCAGUUGUCCAACAAAGGAUCUCCACAGGAAAAGGACGACGACGCAUCAAGCGCCACUGGAGGUGCAGACAGCGACGCCCACGCGUCCGAAGCUUCCGGCUCUCCCGUUGAAGACAAAGACCCGACACAGACCAUGGGUGCAGGUGAGAGGCUAUAUAUGUCGACCAAGGCGAUUGCCGGGGCGAAAUCAUUUGGCAACUUCCUCUACUCGGCGGUCAACAAAGCCGGCAAAACUGUUUCCGAGGCCAGCGCCAAGAUAAAGAAGUCAGUCGAGGAAAAUAGCCUCCUCGGAGAGUUCAACAAGGAGCAGGAGGCGUUCAUCAAAGAGAAGCAGGGCAAAGGAAACGGCACACCGGUCCCUCCUUGGGUCGGCUGCCCCAAUCAAGACUCACUCAAAGAAGAAUGUCUCUCCUUAUCGACUGAUAGAAGAAACUUUGUCCGGGCACCACCUGAAGGUGUCGACUUCACAUUCGAUUAUGAAUCACAGUUCCCUGUCUGCGAGGCAAUACUCGCCGAAGAUCCAAAUCUUGAGAAAAUGCGAUUCGAGCUCGUACCAAAAGUUAUAAGCGAGGAGAAUUUCUGGCGUAACUACCUCUAUAGAGUCAGUUUGAUCUGCCAGGCUAACGAAGUCUCAUCGAUGGCGCAGGAAAAGUCAGAAGCUUCAGCCGAAAGGACAGGAAGCGUUGAAGUCCAGCCUCCAGGGUGGGGAAGCGGCGAUCAGCCUGACGGUAUGAGCAGAGGACGCUUAAAGGACGACAGCCCACAGGAGUUUGUCUCGGACACGUUUGCCGCAAGCUCGGCAGCCGAUCUGGCCGAAGUGAAUGAGGGGAUGAAGAAGCUCGGCAUCGACGCCAACCUCACAGCUUAAAUCGGAGAGCAGACGCUGCGGAGCCACGAGACACCCGACCCUUCCCUUGCUCCUGACAUCCGGACUCACCUGACCUCUUGACAGCCAAAUAACGCACACUCAUGCAUGCAUUCUUUUUGUUUUCAUUCUUGAAUUUAACAAAUAAAAAUAAAAAAAUAUUUUAAAAAAAUGAAAAUCACUUUCUUGACAUAAGGGACAUCAUUACAGGUAAUGUCUUGAGCAUGCGUCCUAUCUCCUUACCUCUUCCAUUUUUAUUUAUUUUUGUUUCUAUAGCAUUUGAAAACAAGAACAUUUUUGUUUUUUCUUUCUUUUUGUUUGUUUUGUUUAAUGACACCCUACUAUCUGACCUUUGUCCCUUCUGACACCUUGGAUAUUUUCUUCAGAAGAAGAUUGGGAACGAGAGUUGGAAGCGGAACUGCAAGACUAUGAGCUGGUCGGCGACACUGAGAAGGUCGAAGACAACAUCGACUUGCUCGAAGAGUUGAGCGAUCUCAAAUAAAAAAUCGAAAGAGGAUUAUAUCAAACUUGAUCAUUACUCUCCUGACCAUUCCAUUUCACCCAUGGCCCAAACAGGAAAAAAAUCAUCCGCUUCAACUUGUUUGGGUCUGGCUUGCAGAUUUAGAUUCAAAGACAAAAAUUAUUACUCGUUUUUCCAAAUCCCCUCACACUUGUAGCAUUUAUAACUAAUAUUUACUCUGUGUGUAUAUUGUGUGCUGUCCUGUUUUAAAUAUAUACAUUUGAAAUAUAUUUAAAAAAGUGCCCCUUUUAUUAUAUAUAGCAAUGUUACUGUUAAAUUAUAUAUAAAUAUAUACAUAAAACUAGUCAUUGUAUAAAUUUAAUUAAUUGUAUAAACAUAAAAAAAUAUUUUCUUUAUAUUUAUGAACUUUCAGUUGAAUUUGUCGCUUCUUCUGAAAACUAUUUACAAAAAAAAAAUUCUUAUCAAUCAAGGAAAAUUUGAAGGACGACAGUUUAUCAGUUUUUUAUUAUAACCAUCAUCCAUUUUUUUAAUGCAUAUGCUUUGUUUAAAGCUUCGUCUUGUUUAAAAUGUUGCCUUAUCAAAGCUUUGGAUGUGUAAAUAUGUCAGACAAAAAUUAAAAAAAAAAAAAUUGACAGAAUUGGUGAUUUGGAUGACCUCAUACGAAUUGCAUCUCUUGUUCACAAAUGAACCAAUGUUGCAUUUUAAGAUAAUUAUACAAAAAUGCACUUUAUUUGUUUGAAAAAAAUCUUCAGUUAAUCAUCGUUUGAAUGAUUUUUAUUAUUUUAAUGUAAAACAUUCUAUGUGGAAAUGUUUUUUCACUGAAGUAAGGUAUAAUAACAAUAUAUAAAUAACAAAAAUAUUAAUAAGUGGUAAUUUUGUUUUUUAUCCAAUAGGCCCUUUAAAAAUCCGAUUGAUUUCUGCUUUUUUUGGCGUCGUUUUUGUGAUUUGGUGAUCUAAAGUCUGUAGGUUAAUAGUAGAACUGUGAUUUUUCAUUCUAUUCAGUUGGUUGGGGGAUGGGGCUAAAAUAACAUUUCUAUCCAGUUAAAGAAAUAAGACAAUAAUGGAUAUUUUCAAUUUGUAGAAUAUUCACUCGAUUUUGUAGGAAAUCGCUUCCUGUAACCGCAACCCUUGUUAUGGUUGAAAUAGUUUAUUACAUUAUUGUUAUACCGUAUGUGUAAUUUCAUGCUAUAAGUAAUUUUAACAAAAAAAAGGGAAAUAUAUAUAUAUGAUAAAAAAAAUAAAAUAUAUCCAAAUGAAUGAUCGUGAUGUUGUGUGUAUUUGAUGUGCAUUGGCAAGAAAACGUAGGUUUUUUCCUUUUCUUGCCUUUCUUCUUAUAUUUACUAAUACUAUAAGCAUAACUGAUUAUUGUAUUAUAUUAUUUUCAACAAAAAAGGGAGAAAAGCAAUAUAUAUUAUUAUAAUAUUGAAAAGAUAAAAAAAAAGGUAUAAAAUUAGUUGGUCAUAUCAUUGUUAAAAACUGCAUAGAUGUAAUAAAAAAAAAAAAUGGAAUUGACAAAUUAAUUUAUUUGUAUUCAUUGCAAUUUAAACAAAACAAAAUGAAAAAAGAAGCACCUUUUAGAUUAUCAAAGAAUUAAACAUGUUUAGUUGUGUCAAAAUGUCCCUGUUUAUUACCAUGGUUAUUAAUUAUUCAAAAUAUGAAUAGGCAGAAAUUAUAUUCUAGUUAAUAUAAUUGUGUGUACAUUAUAGUAUCAAUGGCACUAAGACUAUGCGUAACAAAAAAAUAAAUAAAAUAAAGUGAACAAAAAGCAGCUGACAUCGAUGGCAGAAGGCUGCAGUUGAUAAUGUGGACUUUUGUACUAUGAAGUUCUGUUAUGUGAAACGUAUUGUAUUGAUUGAAUAGUAUGAAUAAAAAUUGAUUAAAACAUUA